AUGACUGUUGAUUUGGGUUAUUUAGCUAGAAACUUAUUAGAAAAUGGAAUAAUAGAAACCAAUGAAGAUGUUAACACACAUGAUCUUAACGAUUUAUUAGUUCCAUUACAGUUUUACGCUAUCAAAUGGCCAGAUUAUAACAAUGAAAACAAACAGUUUAAUACAAUACUAUUAAAGAACUGUGCUAAUAAUAAAAAUAAUUUAAUCCACCCCUGGAAAGAAUCUACAACUAAAGAGGCUAUUAAAGUUAUCGAAGCAAUAGCAAAUGAUACUUUUGUUAACAGUUAUUUAAUAGAUGAUUUAAUUGAACAAAAAUACGUUAUUAAAAAUGAUAAAGAAUAUUCUUUAGGAUUGAGAACACUAAUAAACUAUGAGGAUUAUUUAAUUGAGUUAAAUCCAAAGAAAUACAAAAAAUGUCAGGGGUGUCUUUUAAUAGUUGAACAUGCUUAUAAACAUAAAAAUUGUUCUUAA